CUAGUGCCGAAGUCUCUGUCACGCAGCUGGCUCUGCUCCCUUUCCAAGAUGCUAUUUUGGCACAACCAGCCAGAGCACCUGUGGCCCAGUCCUGGGGAACUGUACCCCGGGCCUCCAAGUGGCUUACUCAGGGAGUCCCUGCCCUUGCCCUACCUGAAGCAGGAAGAGCUGCACAACAUCCCCAGCUCGGAGCCUCCCUGCCCCACCUUCCAGUAUGUGCUCUGUGCAGCCACCUCGCCGGCAGUGAAGCAGCAGGAGGAGACCCUCACCUACCUGAACCAGGGCCAGUCCUAUGAGGUGCAGAUGCUCUGCAACCCCAAGCUGGGUGAUACUACCCAGUGGGCCCGGCUGUUGAAGAGUGUGGUGCGUGUGGUUUUCCAUGACCGGCGCCUGCAGUACACGGAGCAGCAACAGCUGGAUGGGUGGAGGUGGAGCCGGCCAGGGGACCGCAUCCUGGACAUCGAUGUGCCACUGUCCGUGGGGGUGAUAGAGCCCCAAGUGCUGCCCUCACAGCUCAACACGGUGGAAUUUCAUUGGGACCCGACCAAGAGGACCUCCCUCUUCCUGCAGGUUCACUGCAUCAGCACCGAGUUCACUCCUCGGAAAAAAGGUGGAGAGAAAGGUGUCCCCUUCCGCCUCCAGAUUGACACUUUCAAGCCCAGUGACAAGGAGCUGCCGCCUGAGCACCUGCACUCAGCUGGCUGCCUCAUCAAGGUGUUCAAGCCCAAAGGAGCUGACCGGAAGCUGAAAACAGACCGGGAGAAGAUUGAGAAACAGCCCCUUCACGAGAGAGACAAGUAUCAGGCUGCCAGUGAGACUACGGUCUUCCUGGAGUGUUCACCGUGGCCAGAUCCCAGUGCAGGGCCCCACCCGCCUCUCAGCCCUCUUGCCCUCACCUCUCCCCACGCCUGCAAGCUCCUGUCCACGGAGAGGCUCUGCUCCUCCCCACCGUUCGCCUUGGACACCUUGGGGGGCAGCCCCGCUGAGGAUCUGAGCCCUGGAGCCUCCAUCCUAGAGACACAGCAGUGGUUGCACCGGCACCGGUUCUCCAGCUACUGCCGGAUGCUGGCCAACUUCACUGGCACUGAUCUGCUGAAGCUUACCCGCCGGGACCUUAUCCAGAUAUGUGGGGCUGCCGAUGGGAUCCGCCUUUUCAAUACUCUUAGAGCCAGGCCCAUCCGUCACCGGCUGACUUUAUAUGUGGCUCAGGAGGCCUCUAGGCAAGAGAAUGAGGUUCCUAAGAACCCUGACUCAGGCUUUUAUCAAGAGAUCUCUCUAGAUGAACUCAGUGUUGUAGAGCUGAAGGGGAAACUGGCUGAGCUCUUGGCCCUCCCAGCCAAUCAGAUCCACCGCCUUUUCCACCAGGGCCCUGGGGGCAUCCUCAUUCUCCUUGGUGACCAGGUGGUUCAGAAUCUUAAGGAUGAAUCAUACUUUGUGGCUGUGGUGAAAAAAGGUAGGAGUUUUAGGGGGAGAAGAGUGUGUCUGUCAGGCUCUAGAAAGGGUAAGAUUGUGUUUAUAUUGUUUCCUAAAUUAGAUUAAAAGAUUCCUUGAAGGUGAAUGUAAGCUGGGGAUGGGGUAUGGUGUGUGCUGUGUCCCAAUCAACUGGUAAGCAUCUGAAUGCCACCUUUGUGUCAAAGAGACAGAUUCAUGUAGCUACAAGACAGCUGUUUACUGCUCAGGAAAAAACGGGACUGGUGGAUAAAUGCAUUUUCACAAGGGAAAAAAUGUCCCAGUUUCUAUGUCAGGGAAUUUAUUAAAGGGGAAGGUAAAGCCCCUCCCUCUGCCCCUCCCCGCCCCCCCCCCCCAUCUUAUAAGGCAGAAGGUGCUUGCCGGACAUCACCCGGUGCAGAGCACCUCUGACCAGCUGGCUUCUGGUUAUUCAGAUGCCUGCCCUCUAUCCCUCCUACACUACAGAGGGAGGGAAGCUUGCUCAAGAGGUAGAUUCCAGUUGGGGCAGGAAGAACACUUGGGUGUGACAGAUAACUGCAGGCUGCUUGGUUUUGGAGAAGUGGUGGUUGGCCUGCCUCAUUCCAGAGGUGCCCUUUUCGCUGCUUUCAGUGCAGAAUCCAGAUGGCUACUACCUGGUGCUGACCUAGACCCAGGGACAUCCCAAUGCAAGAGUUGGAGACUGAUGCCAGCCUGGUUCUCUGGAGCCCCGUGUUCACCAGAGGUCUCGUUCGAAUCCUCAGCUGCUUCACCAGGCUCCAGGUGAAGCAUCGUGUACUACUGCUAGACAGGAGGUGAGCAGCACCCAGGCUCACAUCUCUUCCUGCUCAGCAGCAGUUGUUGGUACCUGGGCACAGCCUCCCAAGCUCAGCUCAGCUGGCCAAGCCUGUGAGGCACGUAACUUGCCAAUAAGGCGCUUUUGCCCCAAGCAGAGCUGCCUGAACACAGGUACAUCGAUCCAUGCUUAUUUAAAAUUGUA